UAUUAUUCCAUUUGCCUUGGUACACCUUACACCUCUCACCUCGAAGUAGAUUUUAAAUACGUGGACGACGUCAAACAAAGUGACAUCAUUCAGCGGCUGGGUUUUAACAGACGGCCUAGGGCCAAACCAGUCUCAGAACCACAGAGUGGGAUUGACCCUUCCCACUGGGCCUGCUCUGGGUCACUGUCACCUGUGAGCAGCAAUGAAACUAGGAAUUCCUCUAUCACCUCCUUUUCCUCCUCCUCUUCUUCUGUUAACAGAAGAAAACCUCCGCUUCCUCCCUCCCAUUCCAUAUCUAAAUCCACUUCUGAAGGUUCUGAGCAUUAUGAAGCCCUAUAUGUUUCCCAGAAUAGCUCAGACGGGAAGCCUCCUCUAGUGACACGGCAAUCCACUACUCCUAAACCAAAUCCUUUAGUAGAAAUGACCUUGGUGGAGACACAAAAGCGUUUAGAGCAAGAGAAGGGUUCUUCUCAGACAAUGACCUCAGAGAUAUACACACGGCGUAGACUGGCUAGUUUUGCUGGCUUAGGCUCAAGUGGUAUUAUGUCACCUCUUACCAGCUGGAGUGCUCUUAACCACACUCAGUCCCAGGAAAACCAUAAAGGGUCUAAGCUAACAGUUCCAGAUCAGGCUUCCUCAGGGAGCAGCUCUUUGAGAACCAGCCCCAAGAGCUCUGGCAGGGCCACUCCAGUGACUACUGUUAGUCCACUGGAUCUUCAAUUGGUCAGGGACCAAAUGGUAGUGGCUCUAGAAAGGCUGAAAGAGAUGGAGGAACAGGUAAAGAUCAUACCUGUGCUGCAAGUCAAGAUCUCUGUCUUGAAAGAAGAAAAGAAAGAGCUUAGUGCAUUGGUAAAAAACCUAGAGAGUCAAAAUUUAGCUUGUAAUCUAGAUCCAGAUUUGCAAGGUCUAUCUAGGAAAAGAGCAUAUAGCACAGGAAGUACUGUGAAGUAUUUCAAACCAGAAAAAGACAAUGAGGGCAAGAGGGUGUCUGCCAAAAAGGUAGACAGUUGGGAACAUGAUGCCUUGUCUGAGCUGGACCAGUUUAAGCAGCUAAAUGCUGAAAUGCAGCUGACUGUCAAUGAUAAUGAGAACAUGGGGUUUGUGCAUUCACGAAGUUGUUGUCGGGAUGUUGCUACAGAAACCAAACUCAAUGUACGGUCAGUAGAAGUUGGUGUUACCGAAGCUAUGCUGGGUGUGGUGUCAGACACUGAGCUAGAGCUUGAGCUACAACAACAAACUAUUCAAGUUUUGAGGGACAAGGUGCAAAUGCUGGAGGUAGAGCUUAAAGAGGCAUUGCUUAAAGCAGAAUUGUGCAGACUGAAGAGUGAGUUACAGGAAGCUGGGGCCCAUACCCUUGCUGCCAAGAAUUAUACUGCACAACCAGAGAUGCAAAGCACUGCAACUCAGACAGGAAUGCUGACAAGGACAAUUGGCAUUGGAAAUCAUAUUCAACUUGUACAUGCUGCUGUUGGUGAAGGGGCAGUGCGAACUCUUAACACUGUAGGACUGACCUGCCAGCCAGAAACAAAUGAUGUGGCCUCUGGCCUGGACACACCCAUUGAAAUGUGGGAGAUACAGAAGAAGGUGGAAAAGAGGCAUCAGUGCGUAGGAACACAUUAUGUGCCAACUUGCAGUCAAGGUGUUGGAACGUCUGUGAGUGUUUGUGAUGUUGGUAUUAUGACCUUAGAGUUGAUGGAGACUCUGGAGAAAAAGAAAACAUCCAGUAGAACAGUAGGCUUUGGUGAUUGUGCCAUAGAUGUAAAUGUCAACAUGGUCAAGCCACUUGUAUCCCAGGAUAUCAUCACUGAACCUGUCAGAGGUACAGAUGUUGGUGUAAUAAUGACUCCACAAACCAUGUCCCAAUGCACCAACACUGAUGUCCAUACAGACUCUCACGGCACUAGCACAUCGCCAGUCUACAUCUCCGAAUCGAGCACCAUCCCAACAAACAUGCUUACGCAGGAGAGACAUACCAACACUGUCCACGUAAUCACUCGAACACUUGCAGUUGGUGACGGGAGAGUUAUCGAUCAACAAGUGCCUGGAAAAAUGCGCUCCAUUGCAGUGGGAACUCCUGUAUACCUGAAGGAAAGAACAGUCACUCCUGGCAUCUCCAAAGUGAUGACUCGUGAUACUGGUGUUGGAAUGGCUAACAUUAAUGAGAAUUUCUUGGUUGGGCUCCGGACACGGAACAUGGCAUGUGGUCCAUCCCGCUUACCAGAUCCUAACAAGACCCGGAGUAUAGGGGUCGAGGUGGGUGAUGGGAGGAUUCGGGAUGUGGAUGGACACAUGUGGAUGCCUGUACACUUACUACAGCCACAUUUAUAUGCACAGACAGAGCCUGGACUGGAUCAUUACAUAGACCGAAUGCAGACACUGCUAAAAGAGCAACAGAGUCUGCUAACUAGCAGCCAUUUUAAACCAAAGGACGAUGUUCCUCUUCAGCCCCAGCACCUCCUGGACAUACAGCAUGGAGUACCUGGGCAUGGCUCUUCUUCAAAAGCCAGUGAGCGCAUGCAGCUUAAAUCAAAGAAUUUAAUGGGACAUUUCAGUGAUGAUAAUAGCAGCAUCAGAUCCACAAGAAAGGACAUGUCACAGAGAUGUGCAGAAAGCAGGAAGACCCUCAAGUCUCUUUCUCCAGGGUUCAACUGUCUAUCCAUUACUGAAGGUGCCUUCUCUGAAUGGACUGAUUCUGAGGAGGAGAAGAGGAAGAGAAUGAAGCAGAUAGAGGAGGGCCCCAGGAUCAGCACAAAAUCUUCUAAAAUGGAGAGAAGAGAGGGAUAUGAAAUGAGUGACAAAGUGAUUUCUGCCUGUCACAAAUUAAAAGCCCACCUAAAUGACACCAAGGUUUUAUCCAACAGAGAACUGCGUUCCUGCCUGAACGUGAUCCAGCAAGACUGGUUCUGUGUGUCCAGUCAGAAGAAAGCAUAUCCAGAGACAGUUGAGGGUUUUCUGAGCAUGUGUCAUCAUGUAUCACCUGCUGUUCUGACUUAUGUGGCUAACAUGGCUGACCGGAAUGGCAACACAGCACUGCACUACAGUGUCUCCCAUUCUAACUUCAGGGUGGUGCAGAAACUGUUGGAUGCAGGUGUAUGUAAUGUAAAUCAGCAGAAUAAGGCUGGAUACACUCCCAUCAUGUUGGCUGCUUUGGCUGCUGUGGAAACCAAGGAGGAUAUGAGUGUGGUGGAGGGACUCUUCCGGAAGGGAGAUGUCAAUGCCAAGGCCACUCAGGCUGGUCAGACUGCUCUCAUGCUGGCGGUCAGUCAUGGACGUAUGGACAUGGUGAAAGUUCUCUUAGCUUCGGGGUCAAAGGUCAAUAUUCAGGAUGACGAGGGCUCUACCGCACUCAUGUGCGCCAGUGAGCAUGGCCAUGUUGAUAUUGUCCGUCUCCUAUUGGCUCAGCCAGGCUGUGAUGCCACUCUGACUGACAAUGAUGACAGCACUGCAAUGUCCAUAGCCCUGGAUGCUGGCCACAGUGACAUUGCUAUGCUCUUGUAUGCGCAUAUAAACUAUGGAAUGGGCCAGCCAUUGGCUAUUUCUCGAAGCUAGACACCAGCUGCUCCAACUCCAGGCCUUUUGAUUGACUUGUUUCACUUAUUUCCCAGUGCUACAUGCCUGGUCCUUGUAAGUCUUCAUAGGCCACUACCAUAAAUCUGGAAGUCAAGUGUUGGAGACACUUCCAAUAGAAUUGUGGAAAAGCGAGCCCUAGAUGACAUAUUUACAUGUAGCCUAAUGAUCCGAUGAUAAUCUGACUGUAAAUUCAGUUGAAACAUUACUGCAUUACAUUGUAUUUGCAAAUCUGACAUUGCUGAGUCAUUAUGUGUAAUAUAAUACACAGCAGAGUCUAUUGCCUAAUCUGCAUGAAGGACAGGUAUAAGGAAGUCUCAAACCUACAGUGUAUCAUUUACUGAACCAAAUAUUUAUUAUUAUUUUUUUGAUUCAUUGCAGAAAUAAUCCUGAAUACGGGAACUUGCUUUUUUCUCCUCUUCGUUUAAAUCUUAGUCCUAUUAGGAAAAUUCACUGCAUUGUUUCCCUUGUACCAGCAUAUACACAGUUAUUGAAUUAUUGCAGUGGAAAUUUUAAAACAAGCUACGCUUACACUUUAUUAAUUUGGCAGAUAUUAUACAUCAGGCAGAGACCAAUUGAAGCCUAGAGACUCCCUAUGGAAUAGCCAGAAAACACUGCAUACUGUCUGUAAUUUACUGUAUUUCUAUCAUUUUCAAAUAUUAAUCAAGUAACUAGAGGCUCUCUCAGGUAUCAACACACAAGCUAUGCAAGGUGAAAUGUUAAGUGACAUUAUGACAUUAAAAACUGAGCCUGAAUUGACAGCCUUAGUCACUAUAUGUGACUGGAUGACUAAAUAUCAUCCACAGGUCAUAUUAGCAAUAGAGCAACAUGCAUGUGAACACUUUGACUUAAGAUUAUAAAUUUUAAGAUGCAAGAUAGGCUAAUGGAUAUAUAUUUGUAUUUUAUGUUACAGCAUGUGUUAUGUGCAGUAUGGUACAUAUGGAUCUCAAAAUUUUUAUAGCAUGCUAUUAAUAAAGGUAAUUUAAAUUUGAAGCAUGAGUCUAUAAUAUAAUAUAAUAUAAUAGAAUAUAAUGUAAUAUAAUAUAAUGUAAUAUAAUAUAAUAUAAUAGAAUAGAAUAGAAUAGAAUAGAAUAUAAUAUAAUAUGUAUUCUAUUAGUGGCCAGCAAAAAAAUGUUGGCAAAACUACAUACUACCCUAAUAAAUAUUAUGGCAUAACAGUGCACAAAUAUAUUUAUUGCGGUAGUAUAUGACAAUGAGGAAAUUACUUAAAUUAUAUGUUCAUAUUAUAUUUAAUUUUAGGCCACCUAUCCUACAACAUAAUUGACAAUAGGCAGAAAAUAGUAUUGCAUAUAUUGAAGUUCUAUUUUUAUCCUUCUUGGAAUGUUGUCAUACAAUUCCUGAAGGGUUUGUAGUUUGGACCAUUCUUCAAGAUGGAAAUUUUUCUGUUCUUUGAGGAACUGGCUAUCUACUGAACUUCGCUCCAGAAUGUCUCGUAAAGGAUUAAUGUUGUUUAAAUGUGGUGACUAGGGAGGCCAGUGUUGGAUGCUUGACUCAUCAAAUCACAUUUGAAUAAUUUUAGCAGUAUGUAGGGGGGGCAUUAUCAAUCUGUGUUAUCAGGAAUGUGUUUGCAUAAAAUCACCUCAUAGUUGUUGCCUGUUAUAGGACCAUACAAUGAAUUACAAUUACACAGCAUGUCUAAGUCUCCAUACAUAGGAAAAAUUAACACUUUUUAGCAAAAAACAAAACAUCUUCUACAUGAUUGCCAGUUCGGCUCUCCCAACUUUGGCUUCUAGUAUGGCAACAGUGUCGUGUCAUAUGCUUGCCAUGUUUCCUGGUAAAAAGUCCAUCGCAACCUUGCCACAGCUUCCUGAUCCAGCCAUGAGAAUGAUUUCAAUAUGUUCUUCUUUUGUCAAAAGCAUUCUUAUCUGGGCAAAAAAAAAAAAAGAUAUAUUCAUAUAUAUAUAUAAACUAAGUAUGAAAAACUUUGGAAGACAUGAAAAAGUAUUAAUUUCCCCUAUGUAUGGAAACUUUUGGGACAUGCUGUAGAAUUAUUGAUCCUAAUGAUUUCCAAGAGAUGGUACCUUAAACCAUUUCCCCAUUAUAGUUAACAGUUGGCACCACACAGUGUGGGUUAAAACUAUCUCUGUCUUACUCCAAAAAAGGUUUCGUGCUAUUUACAGCAAAUUAUGCAUCUUUAUGCAUUGGCUGUCAAUACAAAAGGUUUCUGAAUAGGAGAAAUUUUUCUUUGUUAAAUGUCAAAUAUUGAAUAUAUGAAAUUUACAUUCAUACUGUGAUACAGGUCUGUAUGCUAUUCUAAUCAUAACUUUACAUUUAAAAUAAAACUGGUUGUUACUUUA